CUCCAUCCAAAUCUCUCUCUCUCUCUCUCUCUCUCUCUCUCUCUAACAGCUAACAAACACCAAUUACACAUUACCAAAACCAACCCUAGCCUUUCUCUCUCUUCCUCCCUCCCAUGGCGGCUUCCUUUCUUCGGCCUCUUCUCCUCCUCCUCCUCCUCCUCCUCGCCGCUGUCUCCGUCGUUUCCGCCGCCGACGAUGGCGCCGCAAUGCUCGCCAUUGCCAAGGCCUUUCAGCCUCCUCCCUCCGGCUGGUCCUCCACCUCCUCUAAUGGCUACUGCAGAUGGCCCGGCGUCGUUUGCAACAGCGGAGGUGGCGUUACAUCCCUCAGCCUUGCUGAUAAGUCUCUCUCCGGUGAAAUCUCUCCGGAGAUCUCGUCUCUCUCCGAGCUUAAAUCGGCCUUCUUCCAGCGAAACAAGCUCUCCGGCCAAAUCCCCUCUUUUGCGAAGCUGUCUUCUCUCCAGGAGAUUUCUUUGGAUAAGAAUCUCUUCAAUGGCGUCGCUGCUGGUGCUUUCGGCGGACUCACCAGCCUCCAGACGUUGAGCAUGAGCGAUAACCAGAACCUCACUUCUUGGAUUUUCCCGGUCGAGCUCACCGAUUCGGCAUCUCUCACCACUAUCUAUCUCGAUAACACCAACAUCUUUGGGACUUUGCCGGACAUUUUCGAUUCCUUCUCUUCUCUCCAGAAUCUACGGCUUUCGUACAACAACAUCACCGGCCCAUUGCCUCCCUCGCUGGCGAAAUCUUCGAUUCAGAACUUCUGGAUCAACAAUCAGAUGUCGGGGAUAUCCGGCACGAUCGAUGUGUUGUCGAGCAUGAGCUCGUUGGUGCAGGUGUGGCUCCACAAGAACCAGUUCACCGGUCCGAUCCCUGAUCUCUCCAAAUGCGAAGGGCUCUUCGAUCUGCAGCUCCGGGACAAUCAGCUCACCGGAAUUGUGCCGCCGUCCUUGGGUUCAAUUGGGAGUCUUAAGAACGUGUCUCUAGACAACAACAAGCUUCAGGGUCCUGUCCCUUCCUUUGCCCCAGACGUGAAGGUAACGUUGGAUAACAAUGACUUCUGCAAUUCUAAAGCAGGCCAAAGUUGUAGCCCUCAGGUGACUACGCUGCUGGAAGUAGCUGGUGGAUUUGGAUUCCCGGCAAUGCUGGCGGAUACUUGGCAAGGUGAUGAUGCUUGUGGUUGGGCUUAUGUUACUUGCGAUUCAUCUGGGAGGAUUAUCACUUUGAAUCUUGGGAAACACGGGUUUGUGGGUAUUAUAUCUCCUGCAAUAGCGAAUCUUACGUCGUUGAAGAAUCUCUUAUUGAAUGAUAACAAUCUAACGGGUUCCAUUCCUAAAGGAUUGACUUUUAUUCCCACUCUACAGUCACUUGAUGUGUCCAAUAACAAUCUCACUGGAGAUAUACCACAGUUUCCCAGUUCAGUGAAGUUUGUUUAUAAACCGGGGAAUGCAUUGUUGGGCACUGAUGUUGACAAUUCGUCGACCUCUGGAAGCGGUCACAACUCCGGUGGUAACGCAGAUGGGUCUUCUGGUGGUAAGACGCCUGUUAUCGUUGGUGUCGUUAUCGCAAUUCUAGUUUUCCUCGCCAUCAUGUGCUUUGUCGUCUACAAGUUUAUUAUGAAGAGGAAGUAUGGAAAAUUUGGUAGAAUGGACCCUGAAAUGGCCGGAAAAGAAAUGCUGAGCAAUGCUAUAUCUGCGGGAAGUACCAGUAGUGGUGGUGCUGUUCGUGGUACCAAUGGGUAUGGAAUAAGUAACUUUAACGGAUUGAAUAGCCCGAGCAGUGGUGACAACAGCGAUCGUUACAUUCUCGAGGGAGGAAAUGUUACAAUCUCAAUGGAAGUUCUCCGCCAAGUGACACAUAACUUUAGUGAGGAGAAUGUAUUGGGCAGAGGAGGUUUUGGUGUUGUAUACAAAGGGGAAUUACACGACGGGACAAAGAUUGCUGUUAAGAGGAUGGAGUCUUCAACCGUGGGCACGAAAGGAAUGAACGAGUUUCAAGCUGAGAUAGCCGUGCUAACUAAAGUCAGACACAGACAUCUGGUGGCAUUAUUAGGUUACUGUAUCAAUGGGAACGAGAGGUUGCUCGUGUACGAGUACAUGCCUCAGGGAACACUCGGGCAGCACUUGUUUGAGUGGCGUGAACUCGGGUACCCUCCUCUUACGUGGAAACAGAGGGUAACAAUUGCUUUGGAUGUAGCCCGAGGAGUUGAGUAUCUUCACAGCUUAGCACAACAGAGUUUCAUCCACAGGGAUCUGAAGCCAUCUAACAUACUUUUAGGAGAUGACAUGAGGGCAAAGGUUGCCGAUUUUGGAUUGGUUAAGAACGCUCCCGAUGGAAAGUACUCCGUUGAAACACGAUUGGCUGGCACAUUUGGUUAUCUAGCCCCGGAAUAUGCUGCAACUGGAAGAGUGACAACGAAAGUGGACGUGUAUGCAUUUGGAGUGGUUCUGAUGGAAAUGAUCACGGGAAGGAAAGCACUGGACGAUUCAUUACCAGACGAGAGAUCACACCUGGUGACAUGGUUCAGAAGAAUCCUGAUCAACAAAGAAAACGUGCCAAAGGCGUUAGAUGAGACAUUAGAGCCAGAUGAGGAAACAAUGGCGAGCAUCUACAGGGUGUCCGAGCUGGCGGGACACUGCACGGCCCGGGAGCCGCACCAAAGACCAGACAUGGGCCACGCGGUCAAUGUGCUGGGCCCGCUCGUGGAGCAGUGGAAACCGUCCUCGCAGGAAGAAGAAGAGAGCUUCGGGAUCGAUCUCCACAUGAGCCUCCCGCAAGCAUUGCAGAGAUGGCAAGCGAAUGAAGGCACUUCCUCGAUGUUCCACGGCGAUUUCUCCUACUCUCAGACCCAAUCCAGCAUCCCCUCGAAACCCGCUGGCUUUCCCGACUCUUUCAACUCGACGGACGGGCGGUGAAAUGGGUACGAGCUUUUCGUUUUCCGAUGGCUUUUCCUCUUUGUGAUUACGAUCUUUCUACAUAUAUAUAUAUGUAUACACGCAGAUACUGUUUAUGUGCCUCUGGAACACAGCUUGAGAGCUUGUUUGCAUUUGUUCAUUCUUUGAAAGCUAACAGAUUUGUUCGAAACCCUUUGUUUGAGAUAUCAUCACACACACUCUAUGGUUCCGAGGCACAAAAGCUUUUGUUGUUGUACCUUUUGUAACAUAGUUUUUGUCUUAUUUAUCCUCACUUUA